AUACAGCACCGUUCCACAUUAUGUGUAUCUUUAAUGCCUACGCCUACCUUUCGUUCAUUUAGUGAGCUGAAGAAAAAAAAUGUUCAAACCCUUAUGUGCAUUUCCUUAAGUUCCUAGAACACCGAAAUACUGACACGUAUGAUUGUACUAUUUCGUAUCUGUCGAUGAUUCUGAAUUUCACUAAAAACCGCAAAGGAAACCAAUAGUCACACAACUAUUCUGAUAACCCCACCAAAGAGGAAAUAAAGAAAGGAAGUUACUCCGAAAGUCUGACAAGGCAGAAGUGACUGCAGCAGAAGGGCCUCAAGGGUCAGUUCAUGAGGACCUUGAUUAACGCCCCUACCCCAUCUUUACGCCCCCACCCCAUCCUUCCGGGUCCUCCCCCUUCUUCAGCGACUGGCUACGAGGCUCAUAGGAAAGGUGCGCGGCUUCAGACCGACACGAUUCCAGCUUGGCUCCUCCACUUUCGGGGUCGCUGUUUCCACAGCUUUCGAGCAGGAUAACCAUACUUGUUGCACUUCCCUCACUGGGCUGCCGCCAGCAUCAUAUAGACAUACGCUGUCCCAACAUAAGCCAAAGCCACCAUUACUGAGAUAGUCGCCAAACAUAACUCAGCUUCGGUUCCCCUCCCGGCAAGGCUGGUUCGACCUACAGUUAACAGGAAGCUCCUGGGGGCAGGGACAGGAUCCCUGCCUCGGAAGGAGGCCAGACGUGAACGUUGUUUGGACGGCAUCUGGAUGGUGACGAGGGUAUUUGAUAAUGGGCUGCAUUAAAAGUAAAGAGAACAAAAGUCCAGCCAUUAAAUACAGACCUGAAAAUACUCCAGAGCCUGUCAGUACAAGUGUGAGCCAUUAUGGAGCAGAACCCACUACAGCGUCACCAUGUCCAUCAUCUUCAGCAAAGGGAACAGCAGUUAAUUUCAGCAGUCUUUCCAUGACACCAUUUGGAGGAUCCUCAGGGGUAACACCUUUUGGAGGUGCAUCUUCCUCAUUCUCAGUGGUGCCAAGUUCGUAUCCUGCUGGUUUAACAGGUGGUGUUACUAUAUUUGUGGCCUUAUAUGAUUAUGAAGCUAGAACUACAGAAGACCUUUCAUUUAAGAAGGGUGAAAGAUUUCAAAUAAUUAACAAUACGGAAGGAGAUUGGUGGGAAGCAAGAUCAAUCGCUACAGGAAAGAAUGGUUAUAUCCCAAGCAAUUAUGUGGCGCCUGCAGAUUCCAUUCAGGCAGAAGAAUGGUAUUUUGGCAAAAUGGGGAGAAAAGAUGCUGAAAGAUUACUUCUGAAUCCUGGAAAUCAACGAGGUAUUUUCUUAGUAAGAGAGAGUGAAACUACUAAAGGUGCUUAUUCCCUCUCUAUUCGUGAUUGGGAUGAGGUAAGGGGUGACAAUGUGAAACACUACAAAAUUAGGAAGCUUGACAAUGGUGGAUACUAUAUCACAACCAGAGCACAAUUUGAUACUCUGCAGAAAUUGGUGAAACACUACACAGAACAUGCUGAUGGUUUAUGCCACAAGUUAACAACUGUGUGUCCAACCGUGAAACCUCAGACUCAAGGUCUAGCAAAAGAUGCUUGGGAAAUCCCUCGAGAAUCUUUGCGACUAGAGGUUAAACUAGGACAAGGAUGUUUUGGCGAAGUGUGGAUGGGAACAUGGAAUGGAACCACAAAAGUAGCAAUCAAAACACUAAAACCAGGUACAAUGAUGCCAGAAGCUUUCCUUCAAGAAGCUCAGAUAAUGAAAAAAUUAAGACAUGAUAAACUUGUCCCACUAUAUGCUGUUGUUUCUGAAGAGCCAAUUUACAUUGUCACUGAAUUUAUGUCAAAAGGAAGCUUGUUAGAUUUCCUUAAGGAAGGAGAUGGAAAGUAUUUGAAGCUUCCACAGCUGGUUGAUAUGGCUGCUCAGAUUGCUGAUGGUAUGGCAUAUAUUGAAAGAAUGAACUAUAUUCACCGAGAUCUUCGGGCUGCUAAUAUUCUUGUAGGAGAAAAUCUUGUGUGCAAAAUAGCAGAUUUUGGUUUAGCAAGGUUAAUUGAAGACAAUGAAUACACAGCAAGACAAGGUGCAAAAUUUCCAAUCAAAUGGACAGCUCCUGAAGCUGCACUGUAUGGUCGGUUUACAAUAAAGUCUGAUGUCUGGUCAUUUGGAAUUCUGCAGACAGAGCUGGUAACAAAGGGCAGAGUGCCAUAUCCAGGUAUGGUGAACCGUGAAGUACUGGAACAAGUGGAGCGAGGAUACAGGAUGCCCUGCCCUCAGGGCUGUCCAGAAUCCCUCCAUGAAUUGAUGAAUCUGUGUUGGAAGAAGGACCCUGAUGAAAGACCAACAUUUGAAUAUAUUCAGUCCUUCUUGGAAGACUACUUCACUGCUACAGAGCCACAGUACCAGCCAGGAGAAAAUUUAUAAUUCAAGUAGCCUAUUUUAUAUGCACAAAUCUGCCAAAAUGUAAAGAACUUGUGUAGAGUUUCUACAGGAAUCAAAAGAAGAAAAUCUUCUUUACUCUGCAUGUUUUUAAUGUAAACUGGAAUCCCAGAUAUGGUUGCACAAAACCACUUUUUUUCCCCCAAGUAUUAAACUUUAAUGUACCAAUGAUGAAUUUUCCAACGUAUUUCAGGGUCCAAAGAAUAUAAUAGAGCUAAGAUACUGAUGACAGUGUGGGUGAUAGCAUGGUAAUGAAGGGCAAUGAGGCUACUGCUUAUAAAUCAUUUCCUUUCUUUUUUUCCCCACAGUUAGAAUUGCUCAAAGAAAAUUAUUUAUUGUUACAGAUAAAACUUGAGCGAUAAAAAGCUAUACUGUAAUAAAAUCUAAAAUUAAGGAGUACAUGGGACCAAAUGAUUCCAUUCCAGUUUUUAAAGUUUCUUGCAUUAUUCUCAAAAGUUUUUUCUAAGUUAAACAGUCAAUAUGCAAUCUUAAUAUAUGCUUUCUUUUGCAUGGACAUGGGCCAGGUUUUUCAAAAGGAAUAUAAACAGGAUCUCAAACUUGAUUAAAUGUUAGACCACAGAAGUGGAAUUUGAAAGUAUAAUGCAGUACAUUAAUGUUCAUAUUCAUGGAACUGAAAGAAUAAGAAGUUUUCCACUUCAGUCCUUUUCUGAGGAGUUUGUCUUAGAAUAAUGAAGGUAACUAGAAAGUGAGUUAAUCUUGUAUGAGGUUGCAUUGAUCUUUUAAGGCAAUAUAUAAUUGAAACUACUGUCCAAUGAAAGGGGAAAUGUUUUAAUCUUUAGAUAGCAUUCUAAGUAAGACCCAGCAUUUAAAAAGCCCUUUUAAAAAAAUAGAUUUGGUGCUGUGAGAUAUUGCUAAUAUGUCCUUAUGGGGAUGGGUGCCACAAAUAGAAAAUAUGACCAGAUCAGGGAUUUGAAUGCACUUUUGCUCAUGGUGAAUAUAGAUGAACAGAGAGGAAAAUGUAUUUAAAAGAAAUACGAGAAAAGAAAAUGUGAAAGUUUUACAAGUAGAGGGAUGGAAUGUAAUGUUUAAUGUUGAUGUCAUGGAGUGACAAAAUGGCUUUGCUGGCACUCAAAGCUCCUCACUUAGCUAUGUUCUGAGACUUUUAAGAGUUAUAAAGUAUAACUAUAAAACUAAUUUUUCUUACACACUAAAUGGGUAUUUGUUCAGAAUAGUGAAGUUACGGCUUCACAUUCAUUCCUGUGGGAUAUGACUUUAAUGUAAAACAUUUUUAGGACUCCAGUUUUCAAAUCAUGUUUGAAUCUACUUUCGCUUUUAAAGUCUACAUAAUGGUGGUCAUUUUUUCCCUUUUAGAAUACAUUAAAUGGUUGAUUUGGGAAGGAAGACUUAGUCUGAAUAUUAACAGCGGUGAAAAGGGAACAGUUUUUACCCUAAAGUGCAAAAGUGAAACAUACAAAAUAAGACUGAUUUUUAAGAGUAACUCAGUAAUUUCAAAAUACAGAUUUGAAUGGCGGCAUUAGUGGUUUAAGCGUCUAGCAGAGGAAAAAUCGAAUCUGAUAAAAUGAAGAUCUGGUGUAUAUGUUUUAAAAUACUCUCAUAUAGUCACACCUUAAUCUUAUAUUAGGCCCCUCUAUUUUCAGGAUAUAAUUCUUAACUAUCAUUAUUUACCUGAUUUUAAUCAUCAAAUUUGAAGUUCUUUGCCAUGGCAUAUAUGUUCAAAUUCAACCCAUUUUAAAAUGUGACAGGUGGACUUCAUGUAAGUUGGCAAUAGUUCUGGUACUAAAAAUUGUGGUUGUUUUUUUCUGUUUACGUAACCUGCUUAGUAUUGACACUCUCUACCAAGAGGGUCUUCCUAAGAAGAGUGCUGUCAUUAUUUCCUCUUGUCAACAACUUGUGACACGAGAUUUUUUUAAGGGCUUUAUGUGAACUAUGAUAUUGUAAUUUUUCUGAGCAUAUUCAAAAGGUUAACAAAAUUAUGUUUAUGUACUAAAUCUAAUCAGGAAAGUAAGCCAGGAAAAGUUGAUGGUAUUCAUUAGGUUUUAACUGAAUGGAGCAGUUCCUUAUGUAAUAACAAUUGCAUAGUAGGGAUAAAACACUAACUUAAUGUGUAUUCGUUUUAAAUUGUUCUGUAUUUUUAAAUUGCCAAGAAAAAUAAACAACUUUGUAAAUUUGGAGAUUUUUUCCAACAGCUUUUCGUCUUCAGUGUCUUAAAGUGGAAGUUAACCUUUACCAAAAAAGGAAGUUGGCAAAAACAGCCUUCUAGCACACUUUUUUUAAUGAAUAAUGGUAGCCUAAACUUAAUAUUUUUAUAAAGUAUUGUAAUAUUGUUUUGUGGAUAAUUGAAAUAAAAAAUUCUCAUUGAAUGCACCUAUUAA